UCGCAUACUCGGUGUGAGUACUCGGAGAGAGAGAAGGGGGUUUAUUCCUGAACAGGGUAAAACACAGGGCGAAAAAGUUGCACUGAUAACCAGCUCACUUCCAUCCCACUGUGUUCCAGACCACAGGGUGAUGAGCUCCAGCCCAGCUCGUGCUCUCCUCGUCCUGGCGCUGUUGGGGGUUUUGUCCGCGAUCAUGUCGCUGAUGUCGGUGAGUUUGAUUUUCCAGCUGAAUGUCGUGGUGAAGGAGUCUGGAUCGGCCGUGCCGGGGGAGAUGUGGAGCGUCUUAAAGCUGCUCUCCGCCGUGCUUUCUGCGCUCUCUCUCACCCUCAACUCCAGCUCGGCCAUUACCUGCCUGCUGCACGCACACUUCAGCACCGAGAUGUGGAGAGAACACACACACAGGGCUGAAUGGUUCCUGGCAGACAGCAGGGUCAUUCGGCAUGUUGCUGUCGGCUUGUUUUGCAUUGGGAUUUCUUUUUACCUGGGUGCCUUGUCCAUUUACAUGCUGCUGGUCUUUGAGAUUGAGACAGGAAUAGCCAGCUUGUGUGUGCUCUCGUCUGGUGUACUGGUGCUGCUGGUUUUAGUGGCUCAUACGCUGAUCCGGGCCGCAUGCACAUCCAAACACUUUUACAACCAACCCAUCAAUACCAUGUACCAGAACGACCCUGAGGGCAGCGCUGGCAUCUGCACAGUAGCAUCAGAGCUUAGUCUCAGAGAAAAGACCACAAGACAACGCAGUGAAGACGGCAUGAACCAUAUGUUCUCAUACACAGAGCCCAAACAACAACAUUCCAGUGAAAGAGAGGCUUAUGGUGGGAGUGGACGCAUGCACAGGACCCUGUCUACUGAAUCCAGCCUGCUCCACACACACAUACAGCCCUGGAACAGCGUUAACCACGAGAUGAGAACUAUGCUGACUCGCAAAGCCACAGGCAAAGACUCCACUUUAGUGUGAGCAGCAUUACUGUGAGAGGCUUUCAGAUGGAACUGUUCCUUUUACUAUUUUUGCUACAGACUUGUCACUGUACGCUUCACCACAAGAUCUCAUGCUUCUGCCUGGCGUGAUACACUAGAUAUGAUAAGAUCCUUGUCAGUUAUGGCGAAUUGAACCAUAUGCAUUAGAAAGUACACUAUUCGAGUUCUAUUCAAGCACUUAGAAAGGAGACCUAAUGUAUGAAAACAGUAUAGCUUCAUCCUACAGUUAUAAAAUUGUGUAAAUAUUGUUAAUGGAUAAAGUUUGUGCUUGUAGGUUUUUUCACUUUUUUUUUAAUAUUAACUCUCUGGACUGUCCUUUUCUGUACCAACAAAUGAUGAAUAAUUCAGCAGUUCGUACACAGUCUGUUGAUGAAGUGUAACUGGAUUUAAACUGUUUUAUUUUAGGAAAAAUAAUUGUUAGAUGCUUUGGCUUUUCUCUUGAAAGACUACAGUGUAAUAGGUCUUUUUACGUUGCUUUGUAGAACCUGUAAUUUUUUUUAUUAUAUAAAAAGUGCCAAUAGUACCAAACAUUUCUGAUGAAAUAUAAACACUACAGAAAUACAUUACCUUCAGUGCUUUUCAUAAUGAAUGAAAAUGAUGUUUUAAAUGGAGCAAAUGGACAAAGUGAGAAAUCAUUUACACUAUACAAUUUUUAAUUCAGAAAGUAUUGAUUUAUUCUUGUAUUGUGGCAUCCUGAAUCAGAACUGAAU